CAGCAUUGGUUUGCGGCGGGCCCCACCCUCUGGCCUGGGCGCCCCAGCCGCGCGCGCCGCCGGGGCAGCUAGCCGUGAGGUUCGAGCGUAGAGCACAGCGCAGCGCAGCCGGAGCCGGAGCCGGAGCCUUAGCCAGAGCUGCAUCCAAAGCCCGGCCGCUCGGAGCCCGCGAGCGAUGAUGUCAACCUACAAGCGGGCCACGCUGGACGAAGAGGAUCUGGUGGACUCACUCUCCGAGGGCGAUGUGUACCCCAAUGGCUUACAGGUGAACUUCCGCAGCCCCCGGAGCGGCCAGAGGUGCUGGGCAGCUCGGACCUCAGUGGAGAAGCGGCUGGUGGUGCUGGUGGCGCUGCUGGCAGCGGGGCUGGUGGCCUGCCUGGCAGCCCUGGGCAUCCAGUACCGGACAAGAACGCCUCCGGUAUGUCUGACCGAGGCCUGUGUCUCAGUGACCAGCUCCAUCCUAAACUCCAUGGACCCCACGGUAGACCCCUGCCAGGACUUCUUCAGCUAUGCCUGUGGUGGCUGGAUCAAGGCCAACCCCGUGCCCGACGGCCACUCACGCUGGGGGACCUUCAGUAACCUCUGGGAACACAACCAAGCCAUCAUCAAGCACCUGCUGGAAAAUAACACGGCCAGCGUGAGCGAGGCAGAGAGAAAGGCCCAAGUGUACUACCGUGCGUGCAUGAACGAAACUAGGAUCGAGGAACUUCGGGCCAAGCCCCUGAUGGAGCUGAUUGAGAAGCUCGGAGGCUGGAAUAUCACAGGACCCUGGGCCAAGGACAACUUCCAGGACACGCUGCAGGUGGUCACCGCUCACUAUCGCACCUCACCCUUCUUCUCUGUCUACGUCAGCGCCGACUCCAAGAACUCCAAUAGUAAUGUGAUCCAGGUGGACCAGUCCGGCCUUGGCUUGCCCUCCAGAGACUAUUACCUGAACAAGACAGAGAAUGAGAAGGUCCUGACUGGAUAUCUGAACUACAUGGUUCAGCUGGGGAAGCUGCUGGGUGGUGGGGACGAGGACUCCAUCCGGCCCCAGAUGCAGCAGAUCCUGGACUUUGAGACCGCACUGGCCAACAUCACCAUCCCCCAGGAGAAGCGCCGGGACGAGGAACUCAUCUACCACAAAGUCACGGCUGCUGAGCUACAGACCUUGGCACCCGCCAUCAACUGGUUACCUUUUUUGAACACCAUUUUUUACCCAGUGGAGAUCAAUGAGUCCGAGCCCAUCGUGGUCUACGACAAGGAAUACUUGAGACAAGUCUCCACCCUCAUCAACAACACCGACAAAUGCCUACUCAACAACUACAUGAUAUGGAACUUGGUACGGAAAACCAGCUCCUUCCUGGAUCAGCGCUUUCAGGAUGCCGACGAGAAGUUCAUGGAGGUUAUGUACGGGACGAAGAAGACCUGUCUUCCCCGCUGGAAGUUUUGCGUGAGUGACACGGAAAACAACCUGGGCUUCGCCCUGGGCCCCAUGUUUGUGAAAGCAACCUUUGCAGAAGAUAGCAAGAACAUAGCCAGCGAGAUCAUCUUGGAGAUCAAGAAGGCAUUCGAGGAAAGUCUGAGCACCCUGCAAUGGAUGGAUGAAGAGACCCGGAGAUCAGCCAAAGAGAAGGCGGAUGCCAUCUACAACAUGAUAGGCUACCCCAGCUUCAUCAUGGACCCCAAGGAGCUGGACAAAGUGUUUAAUGAUUACACAGUGGUUCCUGAUCUCUACUUUGAGAACGCCAUGCGCUUUUUCAGCUUCUCAUGGAAGGUCACGGCCGACCAGCUCAGGAAAGCCCCCAACAGAGACCAGUGGAGUAUGACCCCACCCAUGGUGAACGCUUACUACUCGCCCACCAAGAACGAGAUUGUGUUUCCAGCUGGAAUACUGCAGGCGCCAUUUUAUACCCGCUCUUCACCCAACGCCUUGAACUUCGGAGGCAUCGGUGUUGUUGUGGGCCAUGAGCUGACUCACGCUUUUGAUGAUCAAGGCCGGGAGUAUGACAAGGAUGGGAACCUCCGGCCCUGGUGGAAGAACUCAUCCGUGGAAGCGUUCAAGCAGCAGACGGAGUGCAUGGUGCAGCAAUAUAGCAACUACAGUGUGAACGGGGAGCCAGUGAAUGGUCGGCACACCCUUGGGGAGAACAUCGCCGACAAUGGGGGACUCAAGGCGGCCUACCGGGCAUACCAGAACUGGGUAAAGAAGAAUGGAGCUGAGCAGACACUGCCCACCCUGGGUCUCACCAGCAACCAGCUCUUCUUCCUGGGAUUUGCACAGGUCUGGUGCUCGGUCCGCACACCUGAGAGUUCUCAUGAAGGCCUCAUCACUGAUCCGCACAGCCCCUCUCGCUUCCGUGUCAUCGGCUCGCUCUCCAACUCCAAGGAGUUCUCAGAACACUUUCACUGCCCGCCUGGCUCCCCCAUGAACCCUCAUCACAAAUGCGAAGUCUGGUAAGGGCUGAAGCACGGAGAACAAAGACGGAAGAAGGGAAGGGGCCUACCAGCUGGGCGAUGCUGUCACCUUCCUUCCAGACCCUCGGCCUUAGGGCCCCUUCCCUACCCUGGAAAGUAUGCAACCAUCUGUCUAAGCCUAUGAUAGAGGCUUGUCACUCAAAGCCAAGAUUUGACCCCCUGUGAAUCUCCAACAUCCCGGACACCCAUGUGUGAUUCUAGCGGGCCUUUGGGUGAGUCAAGAUGGUGGCUCGCCAGCCCUGGGCCACACUGACAAUGGCAGUGGGACAUGGCCCCUUGCCCACACCCAAUGCCAGAUAUACUACAAUACCACUGUGUCAAAUGCUUUAAAGAUAUAUUUUUAGGGAGACUAUUUUUUAAACAUUAUGGAAUACACUGGAAAUCUUCAGGGAAAAUGCAUUUAAAACACUUUUUUUUUUUAAAGAAAAGAUUAGUAUAUUUAUUAUGUUCUCGUUUUUUUCUAAACAAACUGUGGACAAAGGAAACCCCACUGAUUUACCCCAGGGGACCCCAGGCUGCUGAGAAGGUCGCUAGUUUGAGCAUUAGCCUGUUGCUGGUGUAAUGGCCCCCAAGCAGAGGGGGCAGCCAGCUGAAGGGCCUGGUUUGUGGGCGUGGCCUACUCAGCUUACCUGUCCUGUCUCUGGAGUUCAACCAUGGCAACCCCAACAAGGAUGGGCUGCUACCCAAGUUGAUAGCUGUGGCAGCACAAAGCCAGAGUAAUGGUCUCCAUACAACUUGGGGGCACCGGAACACUCUAGAGCAUAAGAGUCCAUUGGGGCUGAGACCCCACACCCUAUCAGAUACACACUGUUGUCCAAAGAUGUCUUUUUUUGGUCCCACCUCUUCUGGCCUUGGGACCCGUUGCUUCUGUGUAGCAAUUCUGACAUCCUGAAAUGGUCGCCUUCGCUGACCCUCUGUACCAAGGGAAAGGGGAAAAAAAAUAGUCCAGUUCUCCCUCCAAGCUCUGUAGCCUGUAGUUGCCCUGGCCUGGCUCCUGGGACCCCUUCUCUAGUGCCUUACCCCAGGCUGCAGCCCCUGAGCUCCAUCGAGGAGGCAGUAUUAGGCUUGCUUUCCCAGUGGAGCCCCCAAGUGUCCUGACUAGAAGCCAACACCAAUAGCCCCACUCCCAGAAGCCCCAGGGUAGUUCCCAGCCUGCCGACAGAAUAGCCAUUCCAGAUAGACGUCCAGUGUCGGGAGCUGCUAACCUCUCUCAGGCGUUCAGCCCCCCCAACCCCGUGACACUCGCAUUGAAUCAGUCCUUGUAGUUAGAGGGAUUCCCCCACCCACCCCGCUCUCUGUGUUUUUUGGAGGUGGGUGCUGUAGCCAGGACAGGCCAAGACUGGAAGGUUCCCAGCCCUAGUGGGCUACAGGGAAUGGUGGUAUGGCAUCCACCCACAGCAUCACGUGAUAGAUAAGUGGGUUCCCACUAGGUGGCGCUCACUGCGUUUCUCAUGACUGCUGUAGGGACCGACGCCCUUUGACCUGUGUGUGAAGACCCUAGUAGUGCCCAUCACCACCCCUGGCAGGCCAUGCCCCCACGCCGCACAGCACACACACACACACACACACACACACACACACACACACACACACACACACACAGACACAGAAGCCAGAGCCCUCCUUGGCCAAGAUGCAGAGACAGUGUAGUCUCAGUCCCGCUUGAUAGCGUAGGGAUAGCCUAAGCACUGGGACCGGGAUCUCCAAGCAGGUGCCUGGCAAGGUUCUUGGUCCCUGUAAGUAUAUUCGAGGUCUUGGCUCUCUGGGGAAAGGUAACACCGGAAGCAGGAAGGUGCUGAAGCCAUGCCCCGCCACACAGAGGGGGACCUUCUGGGUCUGGAUUAUCUGCCCUUUCUAUCCCGUUGCCCUGCCUCCCCAUAGAGCGGCAGUCCUGGAUACUAGUAUCUAGAAGCAGGGUCCUGAACUGGGGUUCAGUCAUGAAUACAUUGCUCAGCAUGUGCCGGGAGACAAGGCAGGAAGACCCAGGCUGGUUACGGAUGGGUGGGUGCAAAAGCAGCAUCCCAACCCCCACCCCUCCAGAGAUUUGAGAAGGGCGGGAAACGGGAAGGGCACCUGCCCUCAGAAAGACCCCUCCUCUCAAGCCCGGAGUUUUCCCUGCAGGCACAAGGACAUGGGGUUUGGAGCUGGGGACUCUAUUUUUUUUGUAUUACUGUGUUUUGUGCUACUGUAGUUUUGGUGUGGCACUAUUAUAAUUAAAAUAAAGUACUUAUACCAAGA